GCGUUAAGUGGCUUUUCCGAGCUGCACCACCAGUCAGAGCAGGGCUGUGCGCACACUUACAAGGGUUGCUCGGAGGGAAGGUUCCCAGGAUUCAGAGCGUGGGGCUUCUUGCCCAGGUCAAGCUAGGGGCUUCAUAGGGUGGGACGCGAUUUUGUAAACAGCCUCUGUUUGUUCUUUUUUCCAUUAGGAUCUCGUUCCCAUUUCAUAUAUGCGGAACUAGGCGUAAAGUUCUAAGAUGCGAGCCACCCCUCUGGCUGCUGCUGCUGCUGCUGGUGUCCCCUGCAGGAAGAAACCGUUGGAGUUCGAUGACAACAUUGACUCCGAAUGCCCAGUCCUAAAACGAGUGAGAGGUGGGCCUGAGCCUGGGCCGCGCCCCUGCCUGCUGCCCCCCAGCCCGCCUCCUGCCUCAGACUUGUCACCUGCUGUGACCCCGGCAACCCGGCUGGGGCCCUAUGUCCUUUUGGAACAAGAGCAAGGCAGCCGCACUUACGCGGCCCUGCACUGCCCCACAGGCACAAAGUACACCUGCAAGGUGUACCCGUCCUGUGAGGCCCAGGCGGUGCUGGCACCCUAUGCAAGGCUGCCUACCCAUCGGCACGUGGCCCGUCCGGCGGACAUCCUGCUGGGCUCUCAGUUUCUCUACGCCUUCUUCGAGAAGACCCACGGGGACUUGCACAGCCUGGUGCGCAGCCGCCGUGGCAUCCCUGAGCCCGAGGCCGCGGCGCUUUUCCGGCAGAUGGCUGCUGCCGUGGCACACUGCCACCAACACGGGCUUGUCUUGCGCGACCUCAAGCUGUGUCGCUUUGUCUUCAGCGACUGUGAGAGGACGAAGCUGGUGCUGGAGAACCUGGACGAUGCCUGUGUGAUGACUGGACCAGAUGACUCUCUGUGGGACAAGCAUGCAUGCCCUGCCUACGUGGGACCAGAGAUACUCAGCUCCCAGCCAUCCUACUCCGGCAGAGCAGCUGAUGUCUGGAGCCUGGGCGUGGCGCUCUUCACUAUGCUUGCUGGCCACUACCCUUUCCAGGACUCUGAGCCAGCUCUGCUCUUCGGCAAGAUCCGCAGGGGGACCUUUGCCCUGCCUGAAGGCCUAUCAGCUCCAGCCCGAUGCCUGAUCCGCUGUCUCCUUCGCAAGGAGCCUUCAGAGAGACUAGUGGCCCCCAGCAUCCUCCUGCAUCCCUGGCUGAGGGAGGACCACAGCCUUGUCUCCCCUCCACAGUCUGGCCGCUGGGACACUGACCAGGUGGUCCCCGAUGGGCCAGGGCUGGAGGAGGCUGAGGAAGAGGAGGUGGGACUGUAUGGCUAAGGCCACCCUACUGGCCCCUCAGCCGCAAGCCGUGAGUUGAGUACCGGACUUCCAUGCUUUCUCCUGUCUCUUUGGGCCAAGCUAAACCUUAAGUGCCUUUCAGAAGGAAGAAACAGCCACUGUGCCUCAUGCAUUCCGUGCUCUCCCACAGGCAUUGUGGGGUGAUGCUCCCCGGGGUGCCGAGCCCUGUUCUAGGUGCUGUGAACAGCAAAAAGCUAGGGAGAGCAAAAUAAGUUGCUGGCUGUGUUACCACAGUGCCAUGUGCUCCCGUGCCCUCUGCCCUGGGCACAUUUCAUACCAGGUUGCCUUCUCCGGGCUAGUGUUCACAGGACAGCCCUCUUCAUCUGUGCCCCAGAGGCCUUGUAUCUUGCACCUUUAAACAAAGGGAGCAUCUCUGUGCCAAAGACCAAAGGCCUCACCCUAUGCCUCAGGACCACAAGUCAGGCCAGGCUGGGAUUGUGCUGCCUGAAUCCGGCCCCCAGGCAGGGAAACUCGAAGGCUUGGCCCCAGAGUCAAGCCAAAAGGAUGAAACUCCAACAAAGAAGCAUCCGCCUCAGGGAAUGAGAGUUCGGGUCCCUUCACCCUGGUAGCCUCUAACUGGAGCAUUACUGUUGGAGAGGAAAGGACAAGAUAGGCACUGUCCUACUACCAUACAGAAAGUCUCAGGCCCUGUUCUGGGGACUUUUAGUACCCAGGCCCACAGUCAGUAUGCUGGCUUAUGUUCGGUUGAAUAUGGAUUUUCACUCUGUGCCUAAUAAAAGAGAACUGUGAAUUAGU